AUGUCUCAAGUCGAGCAGGAGGUCACAUUGGAGACCAGGGGGCAUAUCGCCAUCAUCACCCUCAAUCUGCCAAAGAAGCUGAAUGCACUCAAUGGAGACCAUUACUUCCGCCUUGCCAAAGUGAUGCAAGAGGUUGCCGCCAUGGACAACAUCUACAUUACAAUCUUGACCGGCAAAGGGCGAUACUUUUCAGCACUCAAACCAACAGAGNGCGCCGACGUCUCAAUCUCAAAAGCACCACCAAAAGACACCGACAUCCAACGCCACUACCUCCAAGGCUUCGUCGCCCAAAACCUACACAUCACACACGCCUUCUACACACACCCCAAGAUCCUGGUUGCCGCAUUGAACGGCCCUGCCGUGGGCCUCUCUGCCGCCCUGACCGGAUUCGCCGAUUUCGUGUAUGCGGCUCCACACACGUUUAUCCUGACUCCAUUCAGCAGUCUGGGGUUGGUGGCCGAGGGCGGUUCCAGCAGGGCGUUUGUGUCCAGAUUGGGCAUUUCAAAGGCGAAUGAGGCGUUGAUUAUGAGUAAGAGGUUGACUUGUGAGGAGCUUGUCAAUGUGGGUUAUGUGAAUGGUGUCAUGGAUGUCAAGCCUGGCGACAGCGACAAGUUCUUGGAGUUGGUGCUGCAGGAGGUUGAUGAUAGACUCGGCAAGCAUUUGAUCCCUGAAAGUCUUUUGGGUAUUAAGAAGUUGAUCAGAAGACCUGAGAGGGAGCUUUUGGAUGCUCAGGGCGUUGCCGAAGUCUUUGGCGGGUUGGAUCGAUUCGUCAGUGGUGUACCGCAGGAGCAGUUUAGGAAGAUUGCUUCUGGCGAGAAGAAGCACAAGCUGUAG